AUGACAAUAGUGAAUAUGGAUUAUCAUCGUUCUUCUAGUCAAUAUCAUCAGCAAUCAUCAAUUUCAACUACUUGUCAAUCAUCAAUAACAACAAUAACAUUGUCUAAAUCUAAACUGGCCGGAAAUACCAUUAUGCAACAAUCAUCUUCAUUUUAUGCAG